GUCAAAUAAUGAACAGAAGGGUCACAUUUUGUCUCGUCAUACCCGAGACGUGGUCCCCCAAAAAGACGGGAUGACUCCAGAAAAUCAAACACAGAAGACGUCAAGUAGAAAAAAAGGCACCAAAAAUAAGGAACAGAAUAACGGUAAACAUUCUCAACUACACAAAUCAAAUAAUUUUUACAAUGAAUGAUUUUUAAAUUUAAUUUUUUAUUACAUUUUUGUGACUCAAAUUGCAUCAAAUAUGCAAUACUAACAUUACAAAUUAAUUGAUUAAAUUAAAUUAUUUGCUACUUUAAGCUUAUAUCUUGCUUGGGGAAAUAUGAAAUUGGGAUUUAAAGAGAAUGGCUCUCAAGGUUUAAAAUAGAUGGUUCGUUAUUUAUUAAGCCAGUUAAUUAAUUAAAAGAUACUGUAAUAAUAUUUAUUUCUCUUUUUUUUCUACAGCUGCAACUGUAAGUAAAAUUAAUUAUUAUGGUGUGGUCUGGUAGUGUUAAAUAGUUUGCGUAAUGUCCUUAUCAUUGCAAUAAGUAAAUUAAACCAACAUACAGACGUAUAAUAUCUACCUUACCGUCCAAAUGACUGUAAAAAAUUAUUAUUCCAUUUGAUGUAAAAUUUCAAACUAUGAAUUUACAACAUUUUCAAUUUCUUCUGACAGCUGGAGUCAUCACAGUUUGAAUUUGACUUCUUUGAUGAGUGGUAUGAUUACAGGACCAACUUCACCAAACAAGGUCAGCCAUUCUCAUCUCUUUAAAUCAGGUCCUCAAAUAAUAUAUGAGUGUUUUGGAUUCAUUUUUUGUGUGUGUAAAAGUCACUGUCAAUUAACAUAUUUGUAAGAUGCAAUUAUUAUAACAUGAUAAAUUUAUUUUCUAGAAUGUUUUCAAGAUAAAAGGUGGCCAACACAGCCAUUUGCCUGUAGAGGAAGUACCAUUAGGUAUCCCCAGAGAGGUAUGAAAAAUUAUUAUUUUCAAUAAUUUUAAUGAAAUAACACAAAUAUGAUUUAGGCUUAGCCUUAAUGCUCCAUCUUCUUGAGACUUUAAUUUAAUAAAUAGACUAUGUGUAAGUCUUGUUUCAUUUAAAGUCACCAUCUCCAGUUUAAAAGUCCUUUCAGAAAUUAAUUUCACUCUUAAUUUACCUUGAGUUUUAUAACUUAUUUUUGGUUUCAUUCAAUUUUACAGAUUCUCCAUUAGCUUUUUACGCUCCUCAAGACCGCAAACAUACUGGGCCACCACACAAGACCAGAAAGAGAAAAGGCAAUACACCAUUAUUAGAGAUUUCCAACCGUUCAGAAGGAUAUUUUUCUGUGAGAGAGUCUGGUGUCUAUCUCAUUCAUUUAAAUGUGAGUCACCUGAUGUAAACCUAAUAGUAUGACUCCAUAUAAUAAUAGUUAUUUCUAUUCAUUUCUAAGCUAAACGUUUUUAAAUGUCAAAAUUCAAUUAUUAACUACUUUACUGUUAAAAUAUAUUCAGUUCUGUGCUAAAUUUAUGAUUUUCCUGAAUUUUGAUUGAAAUAUUUGAAUCUGCCUUGGAAAAAAAUGUUAUGAACUACUUAAACUUUUAAACAAAAUUUCUUCUCUACACACAAUUUCUUUUAGCAGACUUUCUUUCAAAGGCUUAUCAUUAUUACUAAUUUUUUUUUGUAAUUAAUAUACAUCAACACAUUUUUUGAAUGCAGAUCAUGAUUGUUGAUGAAACACAAAAUCACUCCCUUGGCAUCUUCCUAAACAAUUUGACUGUGCUGGCUUGCCCACGGGGUGGUUUCAGGUGUCCUCAUACUAAUGCAGAGGGCUCCUACAAAUACAGAAUAUGCAACAUUGAUGGUAUGUACAUCUUAAAAGAAAAACCAUUGAAAAUGACUUGCCUUUCUAGACCAUUCUUUUGCAGGUCUCUCAAACAGUUGAGAAAUUCUAUUAAUGUUUAUCUCAAUAAAGCUGUUUUUUUUUUUUUAUUCAGUAUGAUGUUACAGACAUCUGUUAUAGAACUUCUGAUUGUUAAUAAUAUUUUGUCAUAUUUGUUGUAAUAGAGGUGGUUUUUUUUACAUAAAAAAUAUAAUUAGAUACUAAUUAUUCAUAAAAAUAGUUAUUUAAGUAUUGUUAUAUCCCCAUUGAUCUACGAACUGAAUUGUCACUAAACUAAAAGUAGGCUUGCAUAGGGCAAUGACAUUAACAACUCUUAUAUGUGCCAGCGAGACGUGAACAAUGAACGGUGCACAACAAACAUUCUACAACUAAAUCAUCUCCACAAGUGCUGUUUACACAAUCUUCUUGGCAUAAGGUAGUAGGACAAAGCCCUUGAUACUGAAGUCGUACAAAAGGCUGACUUUAUAAGCAUCCACAUGUUCAUUCAAAAAGGACAAGUCAGAUGGACAGGACAUGUUGCGAAAAAGGCCAGACAGCUGAAGAAUUCCUAAACCACUAAUCUUCUGUCACCUUUCCAGUGGAAUGCAAUCAGCUGGUGGGCAGAAAAAAAAUGCUUUAACGAUUGUCUAAAAGCUUCACUCAAAUCCAUGGACAUCGGCUUGAGUUCAUGGGGAACACUUGCUAUGGAGUGCACAAUCUGUCAGGGUAGACUUACACUUACUGUUAGAGCACAUUCCUCAGAGAGUAAACGUAUAGCUCAUGCCAAAGAAAGUGCACAGCAAGUAAAAGCAGAAUCACACCCAAUCCCUCUAGAAUCCCAAAACAUGUGUCGUAGGUGAGGGAAUGCUUUCCAGACACAAAUAGAACUGCCAAGUCACCUGCAUACACACUGUUGAAUAUGUUGUUCUUCUUCACAAGCUAAGGACAAACAACACUAAUGGAACCUAGAUAGGAAGUUUAAGUUUGUUUAUUAUGAGAAAGUACAUAAGUUUAUUUUCUUUAUUUCUAUUCAGGCAUAUUGGAGAUGAACGUCAAGGACCAGCUGCAGAUUAGGACCAUGGAACCAAAUACAACCGUAAGAUUUGAUAACAAGCGGAAGUCUCAAUUUCGAGCAGUGCUGCUACAUAAAAGUACAAAGGCAAAUUCAUAACACACAUAUUGAAGGUAACUUAUAUCUCAAUUUUAUCAUAAUAUAUGAGUAGACAUACAAGUUUUAGAGAAGUUAAUCCUGAAGCUAUGUACGGUCAUGGAAAGAAGACCAAUGAAAAGUAAAAAGAAUGAAUCAGAAAUUGAUUUGGUCUAGACUACAGGGCUUCAUUUUAAAACUCCACACACCUAUAUGAUGGGAUACAAAGAUUUAGGAAAUUCAUGGGUUUUUCUCCAUUAAAUUUUGUAUUUGCCAUUGAAUAAAAUUUAUGUUAUUUGUAUGAUACCCAUAAAAAAAACUAUUUGAAG